GCCGCUGGACCCGCGUACUGGAGAGACGGGUUCGAGACUCUCGGGUCAGUCACACGCGACGCCUCGAGCUGUUGUGGCAUACCUCCCGCAUCGGCUAGGGCUCUAGUUCCUGGGCCCCGCCUCCUGGCAGCUGCGAGUGCUUGUACAAGAGUUUGGUGACCGGUCGCUCGUGCUAGCGGCGCCUGAGCAGUGACACAGGUGACCUGAUGACAGCGUCCGAGCGAGAGAGAGGCGCCGGGGGCGUGUGGUUCACCAGGCACUUCAAGGUCCGCCCCGACGACGCUAAGCCUCCACGACCAGGGAUGGAUAACUUGUCAUUCGGUACGGACCGCUCUGAUCCCAUCAUGAUCACCGGUACUGUUAACGGGGCCGCCAACGGUGCCGCCAACGGGGCCGCCAACGGUGCCGCCAACGGUGCCGCUAACGGUGGCGCUAACGGCGUCUCCCAAGACAUCAAACGGAAAGCAGCCCAAGACCCAGACAAGGUGGUCGCUGUACUGGGGUCUGGAGACUACGGGCGGGCUAUCUCCAGGAGGUUCGUAAACUCAGGCUACACAGUCUACGUCGGCUCCAGGGACCCCAACAGAAGUAAACUCAAGCACAUGGUACGCCAGACGGGGGCGGUGCUGACGAGUCAGGAGGCAGCGCUGGGACCGGCCAACAUGGUGGUGGUGGCGGUGGGGCGCGACCACUACGACUACCUGCCCCUCACACUCCUCCGGGGCAAGAUCCUCAUCGACGUCUCCAACAACACCGAGCGACGCAAGGGGCCCCACUACCGCAGUAACGCCGAGUACCUCCAGGGGCUGGUUCCUGAGGCUUGUGUGGUCAAGGGCUUCAACGUCCUCUCUGCCUACGCCCUGGAGAAUGGCGGGAUCCAGGGCAGCAAAGAGGUAUUUCUGGCCAGCGACUUCGUGGAGGCCAAGACCAAGGUGUCGGACAUCGUGCGGAUGAUGGGCUUCCAUCCUGUGGACUGGGGCAGUCUCCAGGCCUCCAGGGACAUCGAGGAUGUCCCCCUGCUCUUCAUGCCAUCCUGGAAGAGACCGGUUGCAGUUGUUUUUGGCGUCUUUCUCUUUCUCUGGAUUCUUGCGCUUUUCUCGUUCCAAAUCUGCUACAACUGGGCUUCGGGCGACUGGCAAAAGGAAUGGAAACACAUAGCAAUGAUAAACUUCAACCGAGUUAUUGCUAUCACGGCGCUGUGGACCUUAGCCUUCUGCUACAUCCCAGGUCUGGUGGCGGCGUACAUCCAGCUGUGGCGAGGGACCAAGUACAGCAGGUUCCCCAAGUGGCUCGACGACUGGCUCAAGAUGAGGAAACAGCUCGGCCUCAUCAUGCUCGGACUCGCUGGAAUGCAUGCUUGUAUUUCGGUGGCAUUUCUGACGCCCCAAACGACAGAAUGGGUGUACGAGGAACCCACCAAGAUAAUGGCACAAGUGGUCGUCGAUGCCAACACCACUACGACUCAGUCUGUGACACUCUACAACUUUGAAUUCAACUGGAGAGGAGAAUUGUUUCUUACAAUGGGAGCCAUUGCAACAUGUCUUCUAGUCAUACUGGGUAUCACGUCCUUACCAUCCGUCACAGCCACUCUAUCUUGGAAAGAAUUCACCUUCAUUCAGAGCAAGCUUGGCUGGGUAGCUCUGAUUGCAGCAUCUUCCCAUGACAUCUUCCUUGCAUGGCAUUACAUGUUCCUUUACUGGGGAUGCUUCAGAACUCUCCCAAUAGGCCCACAAUAUGCGCUCUACCCACCAUUCAUUGCUGUCAUCAUGAAGAUACCAUUACUGCUGCCCCCUGUGGACAAUUAUCUCCAGAAAAUACGAAAGGGAUACGAACGUGGUGGUCAGUUUGAACACAGAAAGUCAGAUAUAGCUUGAUGUAUCAGUUUUUAUAUUUAUUAUUUGCUGUGUUUAAUGAAAUACAUAGUAAUUUUUUUUAAUAUUACUACUGCUUUAAUAUUACUACUAUUUCUACUAGGUUAGAAAUAUCCUACAUAAUACUGUGUAAAGAACUGUGAUGUAUAUCUCAAUUUUGUGGAUAUAAGUUUGACAGCAAUAAUGUUGCCGGGGGUUACCGUUUCCUAAAUACAUUUUUUCAGAGUAAUGUCUAGUUACUCUCAAACUUUCAAUACUACUACAUAUUUCUACCUCUGAGGUCUUUAUAUUGGUUUCAAACGCUUAAUAUAGCUGACUUACCAUAAUAAAGUAAUUGAUUUUAAUAUCAAGACUUGUUUAGGCUACAGAUAUGACAAUGAUAUUUUUACAUGUCAAUUUUGACAACCGUUUUGUAACUUUGACAAGUAGAAUUUAUUUACUGUAUAUAUAAUAAUAAAUAUAGGAAAAGUCCCACAGGAUUUGCUAGGGCAAUGUCUUGUUACAACCGAGGGUGUGUGUGUGUGUAAUUACCUAAGUGUAGUUACAGGAUGAGAGCUACGCUUGUGUGUGUGUGGCAUUCUUUUGAUCUAAAUAAUUCAUAAAAAAAGACUACCAAUUUUACUAGCAUUUUUCAGUUAGAUAAUAAUUUUGGUUUUAAAUUCAAUGGGAAAGUUGUCAUGUGGUAACACACAUGGCCAUUUUAAACAAUCUUGGCCAAUUAUAACCAUUGUAUAUUUGGGUAUAUAUAAUAAACUUUUAAUCAUGCAA